AUGGCGGCCCGGACCCCUUCCGCCGCCUUCGCGGCCGCUUCCUGCCGGCCCCCCUGGUUCAAUCAGCGGCCGACAACUCGCGGCGUGUGGGAGGGCGCGGGGUCCGCCCGCCAAUGGGGAACUACGGCGCGCGGCCGGGACCCGGAGGCAGCUCCUCACGGCGGGCGCGGUUCAGUCCGGCAGCGGCGGCGGCGGCGGUGGAGGAGGAGGAGGAUGUGGGCCACGCAGGGGCUGGCGGUGGCGCUGGCUCUGAGCGUGUUGCCGGGCGGCCGGGCUCUGCGGCCAGGCGACUGCGAAGUCUGUAUCUCUUAUCUGGGAAGAUUUUAUCAGGACCUCAAAGAUCGAGAUGUCACAUUCUCACCAUCCUCUGUUGAAAAAGAGCUUAUAAAAUUCUGCCGGGAAGCAAGAGGCAAAGAGAAUCGGUUGUGCUACUACAUUGGGGCCACAGAUGACGCUGCCACUAAGAUCAUCAACGAGGUGUCGAAGCCCCUGGCCCACCACAUCCCUGUGGAGAAGGUCUGUGAGAAGCUCAAAAAGAAGGACAGCCAGAUCUGUGAGCUAAAGUAUGACAAGCAGAUUGACCUGAGCACAGUGGACCUGAAGAAGCUCCGGGUUAAAGAACUCAAGAAGAUCCUGGACGACUGGGGGGAGACGUGCAAAGGCUGUGCGGAGAAGUCUGACUACAUCCGGAAGAUUAAUGAACUGAUGCCUAAAUACGCCCCCAAGGCAGCCGGUUCACGGACUGAUUUGUAGUCUGCCCGCCCCCCGCUGCACCUGUGGGGAAAGCAUUCCACUUGCGUCUUCCCUGCAGCCUUUUUGUAAUUUAUUUUUUAGGCAGGCUCCUGACAAUGUCAGGUGUGAAGCCUGGAGCUCUCCUGCCGAUGCUGGCUCUACAGCGCCCCCUGGGGGGUUCACUUUGUUCUGUUGCUGGUUUACUCUAGGACUUCAAAGUGUGUUUGGGAAUUUUUUAUUAAAGGAAGAACAUUUCUAGCUGUC